GAACAAUUAACUCCACAAUCCCACAACCAUCGGCAUCGUUUCCCUACACCCACCAAACCCUCUCCAAAUCCACCCAACGCUCCAGCGCCUCACCAAUCAUUUCAAACCCUCCGACGCCGGCACCAAGAGAAAGCAGAUAUCUAUACGCUGCGUCGCUUGCUGCACCAGAAGGACCCAACCUCAUCUUCGUCCGUCGCAUCGCAGGCGGAAAUGGAUGUUGGCCUUGUUCGCCCAUAGACCCAGCCCCACCCAAUAAAGAGGGGACAUGUGUCCCCCCAUGCCUCAUGGGCCUAAAAGCUUGUCUAAAUAAAAUCUGCAUGACAAGGGGACAACAGAAGUCUGCAUGGCAUGUUGAACAGAUCUUUUACUUUUUAUGCUGGAACUUUUUGGUUAUGGACUUAUAUUGAAGGCUGCGGAUAAGUUUCUGAUUUGUGGUAUCUGGUAGACCGUAGACAGUGCUUCGAUCUGCUUAGUAAGGAAAGAGCAAAGAUGGUUAUUCCUCCACCGGUGAAGCCCGAAAGAUUGACAAAAUUUCUCAAACCUUAUGUUCUGAAGAUGCACUUCACAAAUAAGUACGUGAGUGCUCAAGUAAUCCACACACCCACUGCAACGGUGGCUUCUGCUGCAAGCACUCAAGAGAGAGCCCUGAGGUUGAGCAUGGAAAAAACAAAAGAAAAUACCCGUGAUGUUGCAGCUGCUGCAAAAAUUGGCAAGAUACUUGGGGAGCGACUAAUGCUUCAGAACAUACCUGCGGUUUCAGUUGCAUUGAAGAAAGAACAAAAGUAUCAUGGUAAGGUGAAGGCAGUGAUCGAUUCUUUGAGGGAGGCAGGUGUCAAAUUUUUAUGAAAACUUCCAGUUUGCAUUUCUAGCUGCUUCUAGAAUGUCGAUGUCUUAGCUUUGCAGUUUGUUCAAAGGAACAAUAUCGAUUGUAAUGAUUGUCUUUUCUAGGGAAAUAAGCUGUACUUGGUAAAUGGAAUACGAGGAUUCUUCUCCAGUUUGGAAGUGUUAUUCGGAAAUACUAAAUAUAUUUGAGGCUUAGUUUCUCUGCAACUUUAUCGAAGAGUUGUAAUUUUGAUGCA